AUGACCAUCCCUGUGUCAACCCUGAGUCAGAGCAAAGCUAAGGUAAAGUGUCUGUGUGUGCUAAUGUUCCUGAGCUUCCCUCUCACAAUGACUGAGAUCCCUGGUCCAUGCAGACACUCGAUUACUAGAGAGCACCUGCUGACUGUGAGGCAGCUGAUGGACAACCAGUUGAGAAGUGGCUGUUCGAUAACCUACACAUUCAUAGAACGGAGAACGCUGAGCAAAUGCUGCUUUGUGAAAGCUGCCUUGCCGUGGAUACUGGAGCUGCUCACCACCCACUUCAAGUACAACCGGGGUUCAGUAAAUGAUGGCUAUGUUCAGACCCUGAGAGCGCUCAUCCUUAACAUUUAUUCUCAGAGGUGUGUGCCUGAGAUUAAUGAAGAACUCGAGGAUAAGCCCGAGAGUUUUGAAAUGGUCCACCGUGGGUCUCCUUUAGACGCCCUGCGGAAAGCGUCAGAGGUGCUGUCUGUUUACUGGGAGCUGGUGACGACCAGUGACUCACCAGUCGACUGGAGAUGCCAGUAUGAAUACUCAGACACCUUCAGUUCCACCACAGAAGAGCUUCCUGCUGAGUCCACUGCAGAGUAUUUUACAGACAGUUAUGGAAGGAACUCAGCAAAGACUUCGCAGAGAAGACCGAGCAAAGAUUUGUUCAAACUUGGUUUCAUCAUUACAUCCAUCUGCGGAGGACUGCUAAUUAUAUUUACUCUCUACUGUCUCAUCAUACACAAGUUACCAGCUCCACACAACUAA